AUGAAAGAAACUAUCAUGAACCAGGAGAAACUCGCCAAACUGCAGGCACAAGUACGCACUGGUGGGAAAGGAACUGCUCGCAGAAAGAAGAAGGUGGUUCAUAGAACAGCCACAGCAGAUGACAAAAAACUUCAGUUCUCUUUAAAGAAGCUAGGGGUAAACAAUACCUCUGGUAUUGAAGAGGUGAAUAUGUUCACAAAUCAAGGAACAGUGAUCCACUUUAACAACCCUAAAGUUCAGGGAUCUCUGGCAGCAAACACUUUCACCAUUACAGACCACGCUGAGACAAAGCAACUGACAGAAAUGCUCCCCAGCAUCUUAAACCAGCUUGGUGCCGACAGUCUGACCAGUUUAAGGAGACUGGCUGAAGCUCUGCCCAAACAGUCCGUGGAUGGAAAAGCACCACUUGCCACUGGAGAGGAGGAGGAGGAGGAAGUUCCAGAUCUUGUGGAGAAUGUUGAGGAGGCUUCCAAGAAUGAAGCACACGGAACUGAGUUAACUUCCGAAGAAGGUGAAUGUUGA